ACCUCUUUGAAAAAAAAAAAUAAAGAAAAAAAAAAAGUCUCACUGCUCACACAGUAAAAGCAAAACAUUGUUUACAAAGAGAAUUAUUUACUGUGAUCAGCUGGUGCGCUGCCCGAGUACAGGUGGUUAAUUCAGUUUGCUAUCGGAACACGGCAAACCUCUGGCAGGCAGCAAACUGCAGAGCGAACCUGGCCCCGGCUGCAGCUUUUCUGGGCUUUCUUUGUUUCUUUUUACCUCUGCAGUGGCUGUGCCACAAAAGCAGUGACAUGAGGCUCACGUAGACCUUAAAACCACAAUGUUCCUCUGUUGACACAGAGAAGACAUGUUCAGCAUACUGAAAAUCCUGGUUUGAAGCCAGUUCUAGUUCCAUGGUGGGACAUGGCCACCAAGGUGAUUUCCCAAUUCUCAGCCCCCUCUGGAUGACAACAAAACCCAAAAAGGUCACUUUUUAAGUGGCAACCUGCAAUUCUUAUCUCACACAGCAAUGACUCAACACACCUCUUGGAUUUUUUUUUUCUGGCAGCAAAAUGUCACUUCUCCCUGAUUCACUCAGCAGAAAACAUCUAAACAAUGAAUUAAUGAAUCCGAAUAAAUCAGAGCUAUUUUUCCCCAAGAAUAGAGGGAAAUUGACUCUUGAGAUUCGAUUGUGAGGCUCACAAUGUCCGCCGUUCCCCCUGAAGCUCUGCUGCCCUGGAAAUGUGCCUUUGAGGUGUUUGUGCUCAUCGCAGCCCCCGACACUGUGAGUUCUGGGCUUUGCCUGCCCUUUGGGGUGUGGGUUAAACUCUCCGCACCAACAGAUAAUUGUGGUCACCCCUAAAACUCAACCCCAACGAGAACCCAGCUCCCCUCGCACACCGCUGCCACAUCCAUGCACCAGCGACAUGUGAUCUGGCAGCCACGCUGCUGAGCCCGUGGUGAGCAAUACAGCGCAGGUCAUUUCCUAGCAAGCACAUGUAGCCUCCGAAAGAGAAACUGUGGGCUACCACAUGAGUAAACACCACACAGAACCGUUUUUUUUUUUUUUUUUUCCAUUCAGCCCUGUGAAUGAUGAUGUUUAAACGCAUGGAAAUGGCUGAGAAAGGGCUGGUGAGCCCCUUGGUAAAACUAAGCACUUUUAGAUACCUCCCUGGGCACAAGGGUGCAGUGCUCAACAACAAAACAAGAUUUUUUUUCUUAUUUUUUUGCUAUUGGUGCACCUCUAGUGAGAGUGAAAUUCUGGACGGAGUGGCAUGCCAGGAGCACGGUCCCACAAAUACCCCACCCCGCUGCAGUCAGAAAAGCCACAUCCCCACGGGAACCUCUUUGCAGCUGCACACCCUGGGGCAUGCCUGCAGCCCUCAGAUUUCACCCCAUAGGCAAGCAAAAAAACGUAUGGAUCAAAACUGCUCAGAGGAAGAGGAUUUUUGUCUGUAUUUGGGGGAGGGAUGUCAAAGCGGGCAGCAGCAGUAAGCUGUCGCAGGGUGUUGAGGCUGUUUUUGGGGAUGGGGUGACCACCUUCACCCCAACAGGAUGGGACAGAGCCACAGCAGUGAACUGACGAGCUCUCCCACCGGGUGCAUCGCGGGGCCACCCCAGUGCAUGCAUCCCUUCCUCCCGCCCCCUCCAGCACCACCAGAAAUAGCCGGGAGCUCUGGCGCCGGGCUCAAAAUACCUCCAGCGGGCUGACAACAGGGAGCUGAGCAGAGGACGGCCUCAGCCAUCCACCUCCCGGGCUCUCUGCUCCCCGUGCCCCCCGGCCAAAGGGCAUCAGAGAGGGGAGGCGAGGGCAGCCACAGCCCCGGGCCGGAUCCUGACGCUGCUGCAAGCACCGCCCCAGGCACCGCCGCUGCCAGCACCGCCCUGUUUCCUCCCCAGCCCUGGGCCAGCUUCUGCAGCACCCGAUGGCGGCCCAGGCUCCGGUUUGGGGCAACUCCAGCAGCGCCUCAUGCCCCAUCAACACCGCCUUCGCCCAUCGCUUCUUGCCCGGAGUCUACCUGGUGGUGACCCCCCUGGGGCUGGUGGGGAACGUGCUGGGGCUGUGGCACCUGUGGGCCGCUCCCCGCCGCCCCCUCAGCCUGCUGGUGGGCAACCUGGGCCUGGCCGACCUGCUGUACGUGGGCACGCUGCCCUUCCUCGUCAGCUACUACCUGCGGGGCAGGGCCUGGCCCUUCGGCAGGGCCUGGUGCCGGCUCACACGGGGCCUCUUCCACCUCAACCUCUACGCCAGCAUCGGCUUCCUCACCUGCAUCAGCCUCCACCGCUACCUGGGCAUCGUGCACCCGCUGCGGGCACGGGGUAGGUGCCAGGAUGUCUUCUCCUCCGUGUGGCUCAGUGCCGCGGUUUGGGGGUGGGUGGUGGCGCAGGUGGCCCCCGACCUCGCCUUCAGCAAGAUGGACCCUGCGGAGAUGCAGUGCCACGACACCACGGAGCGGGACAGCCUGGACAGUUACUUGGUGUACACCGCAGCCAUCACCGUCACUGGGUUCGUCGUGCCCUUCCUCAUCAUCAUCGGCUGCUACUGCCACGUGGUGGUGGUGCUCUGCAGGAACAACACCAUGGACCCCAGCCUCAGGAGAAGAAGCAUCAGACUGGUGGUUCUCGUGAUGGUCCUCUUCUCUGUCUGCUUCCUCCCCUACCACAUCUUCAGGAACCUCAACUUGCUGUUCCGGCACUGGCAACAGCAAGGGUCCUGCACGCAGGCUUCAAGGGACAUCUACGUCUCCUACCAGGUAACAAGGGGCCUGGCCAGCUUCAACAGUGCCCUCAACCCCCUGCUCUACAUAAUGACCAGCAAGGACUGCACGUCACGUAUGAGAACCAUCUACCGAAGGGCCAAGCAGUCCCUGGGAUCCGUCUUCACAAGGGAAACCUCUCGCCAAGCAUUUGAGACGAGGACAAGCAACAUCUCUGGUGAGCAGGAGGCUUCUGAUGAGCUCUGAGGCACCCAGCCCGACUCCUUCCCCAAAAGAUGUGCUGCAUCGGCUUGUGCUUGGCUCCUUCUUGGUAUCAGCCCCUUGUCCCCACCACGACGUCUGCUUUGCGAAGAGAUGGUGACCUUGGCACCACCAGCUCCAUCCUGGUGCCAGGGACGGACAGGACCGUGGGCGUCAGACACCAAAGCGAGGUCAGGUUUUAGAGCAAAGCUACCAAACCCAACCGCUUUGCCUACAAUAUGCCAGGAGAUGGAACAAAAUAGAUGCUGCCUUUACCCCAUUCCUGAAAUAUUUCUCAGCCCUGCCUCCAAUGCAGCAGUCCGAGGGGGGUUAACAGCCCUUGGCUGCUCUUUGGGCUUCUCGAAGAUCAAGGGAUGGGGACGAGCGAUGCUUGGCCCUGCAGCACCUUCAAGCUGCCAGACUUUUGGGGGGGACGUGGGCUGGAGAUGGGCUCCUUCCCUCACCCAAGGAGAGGGCAGUGUUAAUUGACUACUGGCAUUGCAGGGCUGCUGAGAGGGGAAGUGCUUUGGAAAAGGAAAUAUUCAUAAAAAUAACUCAGUUUAAAGACAUGACUAAACCUUGCCAGUUGCUGGGCUAGUUGUUCUGGGUGAUUGAGCUGCUUCAGGAUCUGUUAUCCUCUGCUGCCCACCUUCUUCACAGACAAAAAAAAAAAAAAAAAAUGUAUUUCAGCAUUACUCACUCUCUUCUGGAAGACCAUAUAGCAGGCAACAACAAAUUGGCAUUUAAAAGUUUCCAAAGGUUUUGGUUUUUUCUUCCUUAUUGUUCUUUGCAAGGCAAAUGACGGCAGCAGCCUGAACCCGGGGCUCAGCAGGCAGCUCCCCGGAGAGCGCCGAGCCCCGCAGGUGGGCGGCUGCAGCUCGCUCUCCCAUCCAGCCCCACGAGGAUGUUUAAAAUUAGAUGUGUCUGUUGCAAAUUAGAUGUGCAAAUGCCAGCUGAAGAGAGGCUCGAAGACUUCUGGAGGUAAGGGUGGCUGGGGAGGGCAGGAUGUGCACCAGUGCCUGUGGUGGCCGUGGGGAGGAACAGAGACUCCUGAGCAGUUUUCCCUUCUGCUCUCUGUGUUCCCCACCAUGAACAGCUGAAAUAUUUCAGUCCUUGUGAAAAGAAGACUGCACGCCUUCAGUCCUGCAAGGUGUUUUGCAGCAGCAGCUUUUGCACCCCUGCUGAAGAGAGGAGGCUGUGAGUUAGAAGCGCCCCGUGCUGGGAAAGCACCAGCCCACGGGCGCUGCGUGUCGGAGCAAAUUCUUACCAGCCGGCAGCCGCUCACAGCCCCACCUCACCGCUCCGCGCAGGAAGCCGUGGCUGGCUUUCAGGCAGAGUUAAUACGCCUAAUGUGCAAAUAAACACUUCGUGCUUUCAGUCGUGAGUUGUCUGACUUCUGUUAGAGCUUUACGGGGACACGGGAGCCAGCUGUCCUGCAGGCAGGAGCAGCGGGGAGCUCCCCAGGGCUCUACAGAGGGGAGCUGCUGGGAGCACCCAGCGAGGCUGCAGGCAGCUGGCAGAGAGAUCACCAGAGCCUGCUCUGGGUCUGCCGGGGUCUAGCACAGCCCCAAAACUUUCAUCUCCUGCCUCAUCCUCAGGAAAACAAAAGGCAAAGCUUAGUUCUCAGGUGAGCUGAUCUUUUGUCUCUGCAUCAGGUGUUUGGGGCGUUAGGACCAGGGCUGGCCUCUGCUGCUUGCACGCUCCCAGGAUCUGUGUUCCUCCAGAGCUCUGAACUCUUUUACUCCUUUUCGGAAAAAAAAUAAAAUCUCCUCCCACCCAACUCCCCCCUCCAGUGCCCCCCAUGUCACUGUUAAGGAUGAUUUAAAGAUCUGCAUCCCAAGACCCAGCUCCGAGCCCCAGGGGCUGUUGCUGCCCUAGCACAUCUCAUUUUUCUGUGUCCCACAUCCAUCAAACCACCAAAAGCCAUUAAGGAUCCACAUGCCGGGAUGAUAUUUCUGGGAUUUUGUGGUACCUUGUGCUUUGCAGCCCUCUCAAUCAAGUGCUCAAUCGAGCGCUGCUGUCCACAUAAGCUGCAAAAAACAC